GUUUAGGUGUGUCUUUACAUUUGUAUGUUUUGUAUUGUAUUUUUUGCUUUUAUUGUUCGUUGCUAUAGAUCUUAUACUGUGAAGCAUUUUUGAUCCAGAAAGGUGCUGUAUAAAUAAACCUAACUUACCAUCGUUAAAUGUAUAAAAGCACAAUAAUAAUAAUCUGCUACUUAUUUUUUUUACUUUCCUUCCUACAUUCAUGAAACUCCACGUGUUCUAGUGUUUCGUUGCUGGCGGAUACAAAGCAAACAAACUUACUAAAUACUUUUCAGGUGUAGUUUAAGGUGCAUCCUCUUAUCAGGACAGGUGAGAGUCCCAUGAACGUAUCACUGUCAGACCAAUAGCAGCGAGGCAGCAAGGAGGGGAGACACUCCCGCAAAAAUAAAAUGGGCUAAUACUUGAUGUCUGUGAAGCCACUCCAUCGUCUGCCACGGUUUAUUUGUAUCAACAGAGGGACUAUUUUAAGAUGCUGGGUUACACACAGAAACACACAAUAAUACCGGAGGUGAGACGAAAUUCCUUUUAAAACAAUUGCAGAUAUUGUCCUAAAACUUUCCUCCUGAUGUGGGCAAUAGUUAGAGUUGUAUUUUGAAAGUUUUAACAGGAUAUAAUUUUUUCUCAUCCUGGUUUACCUCACCAUGUGUGUCGCACAAACUUGCUCGUCUUUUGGUUGAAUUCGUAUCAGGUGGACAAUAAAAUGGACACCGUGCAGGAGCAAAGAUAAUACCAAGUGUAAGUGGAUCCAGUGAGAUGGAAGUCCCUGAGAGCUCGUUUAACAUCAGAUAAAGACCAGGUCUGUCUAUGAGCCUCAUGCUACUAUUCUGGUAACCAUGGAGACCAAGUGUGCAGAGAGACCAAAUGCAGAUGCCUCCAUCCCCAGCCCUCAGAGUGAAGCUGUGGCCAAUGAGCUUCAAGAGUUGUCCCUGCAGCCUGCCCUCAACCUGCUGCCAAUCAGAGACAGGAGGAGUGUUCUCCAGCUGAAGCUACAACAGAGAAGGACCAGAGAAGAGUUGGUCAACCAGGGAAUCAUGCCACCACUGAAAAGUUCAGCUGCCUUCCAUGAACAGAGACGGAGCUUGGAGCGAGCUCGGACUGAGGACUAUCUCAAGAGGAAGAUCAGGAGUCGACCGGAGCGAUCUGAACUGAUCAGGAUGCACAUCCUGGAGGAGACGUCAGCAGAGCCAUCACUCCAGGCCAAGCAACUGCAGCUGAAGAGAGCUCGCCUUGCUGAUGAUUUGAACGAUAAGAUCUCCCACCGGCCGGGCCCCAUGGAGCUGAUUCACAAAAACAUCCUACCUAUUCACUCCAGUAUUAAACAGGCCAUCAUAGAGACACAGGUCUCAAAGACUUCAGGUGAUAACUCUUCAUGUGACGAGGACAGUAAUGACAGUCUAUCUCCAGAACAUCCAGCAGGCCAGGAGUCACCUCUGGGCCUGGGACCUCUGCCUUCUCCACCAGAGACACUGGCUGGGAGCAGCAUCCCAUCUCCUACACAGGUCCCUCCUCCAGCUCCUCCUCUCCCAUCAAUCUCUGGGUCCUCCCCUUCACUGAAGCUGACCAAUGGGACAGCAAUACCAUCUGCCCAGAGGAUGGGUACUACCUCUCAGAUCAAGUCCCAGCCUAAACCAAACUCUGACCGCUCUGCCCAGAGACACAAGAAACCCAAGGACAACAAGCCAAAGAUAAAGAAGUUAAAGUACCAUCAGUACAUCCCUCCUGACCAGAAGGGGGAUAAAGAGCCUCUUCCCCAUCUGGACUCAUCUUAUGCCAAAAUCCUCCAGCAGCAGCAGCUUUUCCUGCAGCUCCAGAUCCUCAGUCAGCAGCAACAGCACUAUAACUACCACGCCAUCCUGCCUGCACCACCCAAAUCUCAGAAAAAUCAACAGCCAUCUUCCUCCUCUAAUUCCACAACCACCUCCUCCUCUCCUCAACCUCUCAUCGCCCCCUCAACUGCCACCUCUAUCCAGGGCAGUCACAGCCGUCAUGGUUCUGCUCCUCUAGGUGGGACCAAACCAGUGUCUCUGCCUCCAAACUUGGAUGAGAUGAAGGUUGCGGAACUGAAGUCCCAGUUGAAGCUGCGCAGCUUGCCAGUCUCCGGCACCAAGAACGACCUCAUUGAGAGGCUGAGGACCUACCAGGAGCUGAACAGAGGCAGUGACACUACCUCUUCUCCGACAGCAGGGGGUACCACAGGGCCAGAGGCUGAAGAAGCGGCGAGAUCCUCCAAAACUGCUGCAGCCACCACCAACAACAGCACAUCACAACAGCAGUUUCAGUGCCACCAGACGUCCUCUCUGACAAAUCAGUCAGCUAAUGCAGGUAGAAGUGCCACCUCACCUAUAGCCACUCCUCAGCUCAUGACUUCUAGUGGCACCAUCUCACCACUACCACCACCUAUCUCCCUCACCCCCUCUGACCAACCACCGGCCACCAUGAGUCCAGAGGAUACCAGCUUUAACAGCGACCCUUUGGGGGAAAUGAUGAGUUCGCCUCUCACCCAGCUGAGUCUUCAGCCAUGUUCAGAUGCUCAACUUCCAACGAAUAUUAAAGAGGAGCCCCCGUGCUCCACCCCAGCUCCUUGCCAGUUCUCUUCAAAGCCAGUCUCUCUGCAGAAACACUGCCUGGUCUCAUCAGCUGCUCCCACCACUACAACCACAGCUCCUGCACUGAAUAUUGACAAAGACAAGAUGCUGCAGGAGAAAGAUAAGCAGAUAGAGGAGUUGACCAGGAUGCUGAGGCAGAAACAGAGGCUGGUUGAGUUGCUGAGGAUGCAGCUGGAGCAUGGGAAGAGAGGGGGGCGAGUUUCAGAGCCAGUGGUUCUUGUAAGAGUAAAACAAGAACCUCCCGAUAAGCCCAGUGUCCCUCUCUCUUCUGGCCAUGCUCCAGUGCCCCCUCAAACAUCAUCUGUUUCAUGUGACAUGGAUGUCACCAAGGUUACCGUCAAACAGGAAGCCACUGAGACAAAGGACGUUGUGUCAGAGACAACUAUGCAAUCACUAGACUGUCAUGGAUUACCACAGUCUUGCUCUCAGGAUGCACAGGAGCAGAUUCAGCUGCACAUCAAGCCGCAGACAAAACAAGAACAACGCAUUUGUCUCCAGCAGGCCACUCUGCAGCUGGCCCAGCAACAGGCCAUACAGAAACUCUUGCUACAGCAACAGCAAAACAUUCAGAACCAGCAGCAGACCAUUCAGAAUCGCAGUCAGAUGCUGGAGAGUCAACAGAACCUGCAGAAACUCUCUCAGCAGAGAAAGAAGAAAUCUCACAAACAGCAGCUCAAACAGCAGCAGCAGAGGCAACUGUUGCAGUCACAACAGCAUCAGCAGUCAAAACAACAUCAACAGCAGAUGCAGCUGAAGCAACAGAUUCUAAUGAAGCAACAAAAAUUGCUGUUACAGCAGCAAAUGAGGCAAGAGCAGCAGACGAAACAGCCACAACAAAUCCAGAUACAGACCAAGAUACAUGUGAAGCAACAACAGGUGCUAAUACAACAGAAACAACAGGUGCAGCAGUCACCACAGGUGUCUCAAGAGUCCAUCAACCAGCAGUCAGGCUCGGCCCCCUCUUUCCCGCUGGAUUUCCUUAAGAGUGACUCCACCCCAGCCCUGGUCACAGACAGCAACGGCAACCACUUCCUGAUUGCACUGACUAAUCACCUCACAGAGAACCAAAGACGCGAUGCACCUGAGGGAAAAACAACCAAUCACAUCACUCUUCAGCGACUACAGUCUACUCCAGCCAAGCUGCCAGGUCAUAACCCUGUCCAGCUGCUCAAAGCUGACAAUCAAUCCAAACAGAACAUGCACAUGGGAUUUCAGAAGCAACAAAACACAAUGGCACAGAAUGGGGAACUUCAGGUAUCUGUAGACCAACCACAACAGGGAGCUGCUCAGUGUUUGUCUGCGCCGCCCUGUCUGCAGCCUUUCUUCAAGGACCAGGAGACUGCCCCCUCAGGGAGAAACACCUUAUCACCGUCCUCUCAAACUGAGGUCUGCUCUAGUCUGGAUGUCUUGUUUAGUCCUCUGUCUCCAGCUUCUAUUAAGUCAGCUGCCUCUUCACCUGAUAAAGAUACAGGACAUGAAGAUGAUUUUAUCGACAUCAUUUUGCAGACAGGAGAUAUGUCAACCACCUUCAAACCAGCACCAGACUUGUCUCUGGACCAUCUCAAUCCAUACCCCUCUGCCUCCUCUCCUCCUCCCUCCCCACUCCAGUUGUUGCUAUCUCCCCCAAUCCCGCCCAGCUGCAACAGCCCGCAGCCCACCACCUCACUGCAGUCUGAGCUUCAGACUCUGGUUGAUGCCACAGAAGAGAAACGGCACCUCAGUAACGUUGGAGGUGGACGUCUGGAGGACUUUCUUGAAAGCACCACUGGAAAGCCUCUCCUGGGGGUGGAGCCUGGUGGCCUGUUAACUUUAAUUGAUGACCUCCACAGCCAAAUGCUGUGCACCCCCAGCAUUCUGGACCAUCCACCAUCCCCCAUGGACACCUUCAACAUGGAAGCCGAGAGGGAGCAGCAAGCGCUGGACAGUAUGGAUUGGUUGGACCUCACCAUGGGAGGAGAGAGGGAAGAGGAAACCCCCACACUGGCCCCACUGGGCCCCCAGACGCCUCCUAGUGUCUUUUCCACAGACUUCCUGGACAGUUCUGACCUGCAGAUACAAUGGGACUCCUGUCUAUAGCCUACAAAGGUUACACACAUACACAAAAACUUGUUAUCGAUUGCUGAGGCUUCAGUAUUUGAUUAGAGCACUCUCUCUGUAUCUUCUCACACACUGGUAUAUUGAAUCUUCAAGCACUUUGACCUAUUUAUUUUAUUUACACACAGCCGUUUUGAUUUUUGUGCACACACUUAUUAGGCAGGUCCUAUUUCUAUUCUUUCUUCUUUAGUAACAGUUUUGUUGACACAUGAGAGGGACUAUUAACUGGGCCAUGUACCUGUUGCUUACAUAUAAAUUAAUCUUUCCUUUGACACAGACACAAUGUUACCGUGAAAAGGUAUAUCAGUCUAUUUGACCUUUGUCUAAUUGGAAUGUAAACUCCCCCCCAGGUGCCUAUUGUAGUAACGAUAAUCUAUAUUAUACCACUACAGGAAAAAGAUAUAGGUAAUCAAUAACCAAAGUUUAGGUGGAAGUCAGUGAUUUCCAAGCAACAUAAUAGUAUAUAGGUUGGAGAGAUGUCUUAAGCUGCCCUCCAAUGCUUGAUAACCAUAAUUUUGAAAUAUAUUGUAACCUGAAAUGAUGCUUUACUGAAUCUUGAGUUUUACUACAAAUGUUAUGCCACUAAUGUAAUAAUGUAAUGGUGAAACAUAUUACAGUAGUAGACAUUACAUACAGUACAUACAGCAUGCCCCAGAUUUCAAAAUUUCAUGGUGGUUCCACUGUGCCAUGUAUUUGGUAGAAUGGAACAGCCCUACAAAAAUGUGUGAAGUUGCAAUCAAAAUCUCGACUUUUUACGGGUAAAAUUCAGGUGAAAUUCCACUGUUGCAGUGCAGUAGCAUUAAAUAGGUGGUGGGGUAAAUGAUGUAUAAAUACCCUGGGGUCUGUUGCACAAAACCUCCUCAGUAUUCAGGCUUUAGCUUAAUUGAAAGUUACUUGUUGGUUUAAGAAAUUCCCAAAGAAACAUUGCACACUUUUUCUUUAUAAGAAAAAAGGCAGUGCUUCCUAUAAAGAACUGGAAAGCAUUGUCCUGUAAAUGUGUAAAAGCCAAUUAAUUUGUCUGAAUUUAGCUUAUUCUUUAAGAUAAAAGACAUGAAGUAAGGAAAACUAUUUAAGGAUGUGCUCUAAAUAAUGUCCUUGAUGAUUUCAAUCACAACUCCCUCUAAAGAAAUCUUAACUAAAAAUGCUUUGUGCAACUGACAACUCACUAGUGUUAAAUGUUUCUGAGAUACUUCCUCAUACUCUGUGAAGUGGUUUACCAUACAGUAUUCACAAGGUACUGAGGUGCAAAAUGGUGAUUCCUACAGGUAAUAACAUCAAAACAAACUGAAAUGGUCCAAUUUAUUUGGUACAAUUUUAAAGAGAAAAUGAAAUUUAAUAUUUUGGCCUUUUUUUAAAUAUAGAAUAGCACUUUUAAUAUGUCACAUGUGAAGCCCGGUGUCUUAAUUUUUUUAUGUGAUGCAAUUUAUAGAAUGUACAUUAUAAAAAUGUAAACACAUUUUGUACUUAUAUUUCACGUGUGAAUAUCUUGGGUAUGAAUCCAUCUGAAUGUAAACAUGUUUGAGUAAUGUUUACGCAUUACUGCACCUUAUAUAUAACAACACAGCUUGAUGUAGACUCUGCAUCUAUACUCACCAAUGCUGCAUGUUUACAUAUUACAGGUUUUUUGUAGUUAUUUGGGACGCUUUAGUCUUGAAAACUGCCAUACUGUAGUUUUACUCCCUGUCUACAUUUCAUGGAUAAAUGAUAAAUGGAUUUUUUUUAAAAACGGGAACGAAAGCUCCUGCAGCUUUAUAUAGUCUUGACAUAUAAUUUGUUGGGAUGAAAUGCGUACAUAAUAAGGAUUUUUGUGUUUUCCUUUUCAUUUCAAUGGUGAUUAUUAGUUUUCCUGUACUGUAUCAGUACUUAAUUGUGGAAAAGAUUUUCAAGUGCUGUGAUACACCAGUUUAGACACUGAAAAUAGAUUAGAAAAAAAAUAUGUUUGAAUAGUCUUUCCAUUUUUGGCUGUGUUACAUUGGUAAUACAGGUUUGUGUGUACUGUGACUAUAUUUUUGACUGUAAAAGACUUAUUGUGAAUUUGAUUGAUGCCGUCUUUUGAAUUUAUAAUUCUACACUUACUUGCUCAUACAAUCUGUUCAAUAUAAAUUUCAAUUGAGUUUGCUGUUAAGAUUCAGAUUGGUUUAAGUGGUAGCCAUAUUUCAUCAGCCAUUUUCAGGUUUUAUUGGUAAUUUUGAAAUGUGAAAGGGAUGCAAAAUGAUGCAACUGACUGUCCAAACAUUUUGCAGAAUUGUUUACUCUAAUGUUUUGUAUGGUUGACUCUGUAGAAUAGUGCUUACUUUAGGUUUUAUUAUUUGUACAGUUUUUCUGACUGUGCUCGUACACUCUGGCUGCUUAAAAAGUGGAAUCUGGGCAACAAAGCUCUUCUAAGUUACACUGUAAAAAUGCAAACUGAAACUGCUGUCUUUCUCUGUUUUUAAUAGUAAAAAUAUUUUUUUAAGGGAGCAUUCAGUAAAUAGUACUGCGCAUUCAGUAAUUUUAAAUGGUUAUGAUUUUGUGCAUUAGAUUCACUCACCUCAUGUUGGUAUUUGUUGAUCUUUUUAAGGAUUUAAGUGCCUGGCAGAAUGUUUCACAGACCCUUCAACUACUCGUCAAACAGGCCUUUCAAGUAAGAAGCUACUAUUUUAUUUUCUGUUGUAUUAGUCUGUACAAAGUCAUGGGAAGUUUUGGGCAAACUGCUUCAGCUUUUUGUGUACUUUAAAUGUAAGUAUUUCUCUCUAAAACAAAAACAAACAAACAAACAAAAAACUAAAACAAUAGGGGACUAAUUAAUAAAAGAAAAAACAAGACCAGUAUGGUGUAGUGUCUUACAUUUUGAUUAUUACAAUAGUGAGAGAGAUAUGAAUGGUAUAUGUAGUAUCCAUCUCACUAUGUAUAUUGGUGAUUAUGGCACUUUUAUAACUUCAUAUCCUAUUGAAACCUAAUUUUGUAGUGUCACCCACUCCUACCUAAUCAGUUAAAUGUGUUUCCUUUGCAUAGAUGCAUAAGAAAAAGACCUGUGGGGUAAUUGCCUGCAGGGAAAUAACCAUGUUUUUCACAAAUCUACCCAAAAGACACAGUAGAUAACAGAAGGAUACCACUCCCUAAUAAAGCACUAUUUAUAAAUGAUCAGUUAUAAGCCAUUAAUAAGAACUGUUGAGGUGCCUGGUUGUAGGAAAAUCCUCCUCCAUCAUUUUAGCGAAGCUAUUUAUUCAUCAGGAAGACUGCUCUAAUUGACUGUUUGACCACUCACCUUCUGGAAAAGGGCUGCAGGACAUCUGGACCAAAAUCCAUACAUAAACCACUCAUUAACAUUUACAGCUACAGACUUGCUGGAUCACUGUAGAACCCCUCAUUAAUGAUUUUAUUUUUUUAUAUUUAUGGGUGACUUACUAACUUUUGCUGAUGGCUUAUUAUAAACCGAGAAACCCAUUACUCUUUAUUAAUGACUUACUAACAUUAUCACUGCAUACUUGAUGUCUUGGAGGGGCCUCCCUAAUAAAUGUAAGCGAUAGCACAGCGUCAUUUUCCACAACCUUGCAACCCAAAGGGUUGUUUUAAUUAAUGCCUUAUCACUGAUCUUCAAAGCAUUACAGAAUGAUGUAUUAAUCAUUAAUUAAAGCUUAAAAAGUCUUUAUAAGCGAUACCUUAUUGGAUUAUGGUACCAAUUAAACAUUGUAAAUGGUACUUAAACUCUUCUGCAGUUGUGUCCCCUUGUGCUAUUUUGGGUUUUUGUCAGGUAGUAACAAUGCAACAAUACAUGUUUUAAAUCUAAUGUGAAAGACAUGUUUUUGUUUGUUUGUUUGUUUUUUUAGACAUUAGACAUCGUCACACACAUUCUUGUUUUUAUCACUUCAGAGUCAGAGUUAUCACUUGCCUAUCCCUAAUUCUUACCCUAGCCCUGAACUUAAACCUGACUUCACCCCAACCAAGUCCUCACCUUAAAAUGCAAUGAUUUGAUGAAGUCCCGAAAAAAGGAAGUAGUCCCCACAUUGUCACUGUGUGAAUCCAUUCAUGUCCCCACAACAUGGCUCAUACAAGACACACACACACACACACACACACUUGGUUAAAAUAUGCUAUGAGGAUUUCAGAGCAGUAGUGUUGAGUCACAAGAGGGUGGAAAACUAGAUGACUGCAUGGUUACAGCUCUGGGGAGUGGGAGCAUACACACACAGACACGUACACACACAUAGACACACACAUACGAAUAAACACAAACAUGUUUCCACAUAUGAAAAGUGAACACACAUACACAUACAUCUUUGCCAGACCAGGAUAUGGGUGGGCAUGUGAGGGAGGCGGAUGAUUGGUUGAUAACAACUCUGUAGCUGCUAAUGGAGGGGAGCAGAGGAUGCCAGGCUAACAUCUAUUCCACAGUGAGCAUCUCACUGAAGCCUAAAACAAAAGAGCAUGUGUGUGUGUGUGUGACUAAACAGCUCCCACAGUCACUAAUGUAUGAUAUUCUUGUUUGAAUUUGAAAGACCCAAACAGCUUGAUUUUCACUCAGAAAGCAGACAUGUAUGUAGCUGUUGAUCUUGAUGUCUGUUCUCCAUCUUCAUUGUUCCUACUUUCCCCUCCUUUAUUUCCUUCAGGCUGGAGAAGAACACUAAAGUAAGUCAUUGAGGAGAAAUUGAGACUCAGUAAUAUGAAGUAAUCUUACAGAUUGUCUAAAAGUAUCUAAUCUAAUAAUAUCUAACAAACUAAUUCAUUUGAUAUUGAGGGCUCUUAUGUAUUUUUCUGCCUCUCACUCCAGUUAAAAACACCUAAUUUACUGCAGCUAUAGUGCUUACAAACCUCUAUGGCUAAAACAACUGUUUUGAAAUGCACUUCAGGCAAAGUGGUGUUAAGCAGUGUUCAAGUUUUCAGUGUGUGUUUUCUUCACAGGUGUAAGAUUAAGGCUACACGGAGGUGCAUGCAAGCACACACAUACUCAUUAACUCACAAACACACACACACACACACACAAGCAUAAAAUAAAUCCAACCCUCUCAUGUUGGACUGGGCUUAGAGAGAGUUUUGCUAUUGGGCAGCCUGGAGUAAUUCUGCAGAUACUUUGAUGCAUCUGAGCACAACAGUGGAGGUUCUGCCUGUGGUGUGGAAGCACGUUAGCAUUUGCAAACACGCACAGAGAAACACAUGUAUGCACAAAUAUACACAGAGGUAAACAUUUUUGUUCUUAAACACAGUAGUGCACAAAUACACACGCGUAUUUAUAACUAUAGGGGAAGGGAAAAUCUAAAUUGUGAUGAUGUGGUGCGUUUAGUUAAAGGACAGGUGCAUUUUCAAGUCAGGUGCCCAUUUCAUCACUGAAACAGGUUUUGCUUGCUGUAGUCAUUCAUCCUAUUUCUUAAGAGAUCCCUUCCUAAAGUGUAAACCAAAAAUAUAUUCCAGAGGUUAUCUGAAGCUAUCAUGAGGCUUCAGCAGUCGGAAUUAUACAAGUCAAGUGUGUAUAGUUACAGUUCUUUUAGUCUAAAAUUCCUUCUUUAUGUUUUGAAUAAAACUCCCUAAGUAAA